CCAGCUCGUCGGCCGCCCGGCGCCAUGGCGGGCUGCGCGGCGCGGGCUCCGCCGGGCUCCGAGGCGCGCCUCAGCCUCGCCACUUUCCUGCUGGGCGCCUCGGUGCUCGCGCUGCCGCUGCUGACGCGCGCCGGCCUGCAGGGCCGCACCGGGCUGGCGCUCUACGUGGCCGGGCUCAACGCGCUGCUGCUGCUGCUCUACCGGCCGCCGCGGUACCAGAUAGCCAUCCGAGCUUGUUUCCUUGGCUUUGUGUUCGGCUGCGGCGUGUUGCUAAGUUUCAGCCAGUCUUCUUGGAAUCACUUUGGCUGGUACAUGUGCUCCUUGUCACUAUUCCAUUUUUCGGAGUACUUAGUCACAGCAGUCAAUAACCCCAAAAGUCUGUCCUUGGAUUCCUUUCUCCUGAACCACAGUCUGGAGUACACAGUAGCUGCUCUUUCUUCUUGGAUAGAGUUCACACUAGAAAAUAUCUUUUGGCCAGAACUGAAGCAGAUCACCUGGCUCAGUGCAACGGGGCUGCUCAUGGUGGUCUUCGGAGAGUGUCUGAGGAAAGCGGCGAUGUUCACCGCCGGCUCUAAUUUCAACCACGUGGUGCAGAAUGAGAAAUCAGAAACCCACACCCUGGUGACAAGUGGAGUGUACGCUUGGUUCCGGCACCCUUCCUAUGUUGGGUGGUUUUACUGGAGUAUUGGAACCCAGGUGAUGCUGUGUAAUCCCAUCUGUGGCAUUGGCUACGCUCUGACAGUGUGGCGGUUCUUCCGAGAUCGAACAGAAGAAGAGGAGAUCUCGUUAAUUCACUUUUUUGGAGAGGAGUACCUGGAGUAUAAGAAGCGGGUGCCCACGGGGCUGCCUUUUAUAAAAGGGGUCAAGGUCGAGCUAUAACACAGCUGGAGCGGGCCGGGCCAGGCCCAGAGGCCUCACACUGCACGUGGCCUGGGCCGUGGCUGCCCCGCGUCAGCCGCUCUGCAGAAUGGAUUUUCUGAACCAUUUUAUAUGUCACCAAUUACUCUUCUGGAAUAUCACUCAAGACCAGUGGUCAGAAGGCCUUAGGACCAAAGGACCCACACCCUAGAGCAAUCUGUUCUUGGGCUGAAUGAAGGUAGGACACAGAUUGAAGAUGGACAAGGAGCUAAUAACAGCAAUAUUCGACAUUGAACCCCUAGAAGGGCCCUGGUGACAGCCCAGGCCGCGCAGCAUCCCCCACGAGGCAUUUAGUGUAACAAGGACCCCUUGGGAGCGGUGGGCUCGCUCAUCACUGAGUGAGGCUUCUUUGGCAGGAAGGGGUACGUGGGCAACAGCGCUUAGUGCUAGAAAUACAUUCAGAAUCCUUAACCGAACAACACAGACAGCACAGCUUUGACCUUCUCAUUUCUGUGCUUACGUGCAUGAGCAUCUAUACAGUUUUAAAGAUAAUUCUUUAUAAGGCACUUUGGCUCUUAAUAUAUUUAAUCGUAUUUGCAUAUCUAUUUUUAUAAAUAGCGGUAUAAAUUUCAAGGGGGCUUAGUGUUCCGAGCCCCAACUUUUAUUUGGCAGAAGGCCAGCAUGGACAUCUCCAGAUGCUUUGGCUGAGUGGCUUUGUGUUAACAAGGGCGCCCCAAGCCAGGCAGACUGUGGGCCCCUGUGGCUUUCCCCGGGGUCCUGGCUCCUGCUCUUCUCCCGAGAGGGGGCUGUUAUCGGUGACAGGCAUGUUGGAAGAUGUGUCAUUUUUCCUUUAUCCAAGAAAUGCUAACUGAACGCCCGCUCUGUAUAAGGCCUGUUAACCACUGGGAAGUGCUCUCCUCGUUUCUUUGCGGUUUUAGUCUUACCGCGUCACAGCUCAUAUUUUUGUGUUUCCAUGGAAGUCUCUUAACUAUUGAUUUCUAUAUUCUGUUCUCAAAAUUCCACCAACUCUAAUGCCAUGACAGACUGUUCGAGCGUAUAUAACUACACAAUUCAAGCAAGUCCGCUCACAAAAGUCUUAAAUAGAACAAAUGAUCCCAACUGAGAAUUAGUAUUUUUGUUUUUCCAGUUUGGGGAGAGUGGUUGGCUUUAACUGCAUCAGCUUUAAGGCCCUGGUUUAAUUCUGGACAAGAGAGGGCCUUGGUCUCAGCACGAAAUCCUUCCUGCAGUUGGCAGUGGCCGUUACCAAGAGCCGAGAGCUGCCCAGCGGCCACGCCAUGCCCGGCGGCUUUCAGGAGCCACUUAACCUUUCCGUGCCUAGACUCCCCAUCUGUAGAAUGGGGUCGAUACCACCUACCUCACAGAGGUGUUGUGAAAACUUAGAAGAACAACGUCAGACGUUUCUGAUCCUUAGGAGAGACGGCGUAAAUGGAAUCUGCACCGUGCGAGAUGGCACAGACGCGGACCCAGUCGGCCGUACCAGACGCUGGAGCUCUGUGUUCAGAAGAGCGUGUUACCAGCUCAGAAGUAGUACUGACUUCUAGAUUCCAUGGCCUAAUUAAUUUUUUCGUUAUUAUAUAUACCAAAGAGGUUUACGGGUUUGUUGAUUCCUGGGAUGACUCUCUCCUGGUGUGAGUGGACCUGCCAUCGGCCCUCGAGAGGGCCUUGCAGCCAGACCGGCCGAGGCCGCUGCCGCAGCUCUCAGCAGCCAGUCGCUCCGGCACGGACGCUGCCCAGUGGGCGCCGACGCGCUCUUACCCUGGGAACUCGAGUCGCGUUGUCCUGGCCGGCUCUCCGGACCACACUUAGCAAAGCCCGCGCCGCUCCUCAGGGCUGCAGACUGCAGGAGGGCGUGUCUGGGGCAUCGGGAGGCGCCCCACCUUCUUGAGGGAAAGCUCUGCGCCGCAUCUGACAGGAUCGGACCAGCUUUCGCUCCCCCCGGGUGCGGGGUGGGGGGCGCCGUGAAGUUGUGUUUAAUAGAUGGAGAACAGCUCCUGACGGCCCCGAGCUCUGUGGACAGAAAGUGAUCUCAGCUUUGUCCGCCUGCUGGAGUUCGCGAAGCCCACCUUGCCGCCAGGCCCUUGAGCUCAGGAGGCAGGCCUGGUGUUUCUGCGGUGAGAUGCUGCUGUCGCACCGCCUGGCUUUAAAGAGCAGUCCCGUGGGUGGGAGUAGGGAAACCCCCCCCCGCCCCCGACCUGUACACCCAGGGAGAAGUCAGCAGUUACUUGGGGAGAAAAGAUGAGCUACUUCGGGGAAGACUUGGCAGGUGAUUGACUUUCAUCUAGUACUGACGUUCUCAGAUUAUUUUUAACUUUAUAAAUUUAGCAGUGACGUUGUACCCGGCAGAGAAUCAGGUUAAUGAAGUACAGGCUUUUUGGGUAUUCCCUAAAGCUUUUUGGGUAAAGGCCACAUCACCAGUUCCCUCAAAUUAAGAAACUGUCAAGAGAUGACUGACUUUUUCCAUUGCGGGUUUUAAAGUGGAGAUUCUUAAAUGGAGAAAAGGCAGUGCAUGGAACAAAGCUACUCUGAAGGAGCGUGAAAUGAAACCGUCUGAGGAUUUGCAGGCUGGGGCCGAGAAGAGCAGCUUACAGGAGAGGAAGUGAGUGGCGUGAGCCCGGCUGAGAGCGAAAGGCGGCGCACCCCACUGGCCAUCAUCUGUAGGAACUGCUUCUUGAGCCUAGAGACUAAACUUUAUUAAUCCCUUGCAUUUAUUUAACACUCUGAAUGAUUGACAUGAUAGAGAAAUACUCCUAAACCGUACUCGUGUUACUAGCUUAGGCUCAGGAGGGUCGGCCGUAGCUCAGGCUCAUUCUGGCAGCAGUCCCUCCGUCACAGGUACAGUUAACCACUGUCCCUUCUCUGCACUUUCUUACUGCCUUAGAUAGUUGUGAUCUCCCACCGCCACCUGGCUUCUGUAGUGGCUUGAUGAGGCUGGUGGGGGAGGCUUGCGCUCUGUGCCCUGCUGUGAGAGCUUGCCGCCUUGCCCUGGGCCUGGAGCGCCAGCCGUCGGGGCGGUGGUCCCAAGCGCUUGCUCUACAGGAAGCCGUCCCGUAGCUAGGAGAGUAAUUUAAUGGAGUAAUUAUUCUACUCUUCUUUUUACAUGCAGAAAUGUUUAUUUAAAUAUUUUAAAUUGGAUUUUCUUUCACAGAUACUGAAUAUUCUUUCCAAUUCUUAAAUAAAACUGUACUUGAUUUCACUAUGAA